AUCCCUCUUCAACCUUCUGAUUUCUGGAGGGGCACCUUCAACCUGCUCCGUGGUGCACUGGCAGCGGAUUCCUUUAGUUGUAAAGAACAAGUGAAAACAUUUUUACACAGACACAAUGUCCUUUCUUACUGUCAGCAGGUUAGCACCUAAACUCCUCAAUUCAAAGAAUGCCACCUACUUCCUUGUGGCUGCCAGAAAUGCCAGUGCAUCAACAACAAAUCUGAAGGAUGUUUUGGCAGACCUUAUCCCCAAAGAACAGACCAGGAUCAAGAACUUCAAGCAACAGCAUGGAAAAACCAACAUAGGACAGGUUACUGUUGACAUGGUCUAUGGAGGUAUGAGGGGAAUGAAGGGUCUGGUGUAUGAGACCUCUGUGUUGGAUCCUGAUGAGGGAAUCCGUUUCCGGGGCUACAGCAUUCCAGAGUGUCAGAAGUUGCUGCCUAAAGCUCCAGGAGGUGAGGAGCCGCUGCCUGAGGGCCUCUUCUGGCUGUUGGUCACAGGACAGGUGCCGACUGAGGAGCAGGUAAACUGGGUGUCCAAAGAGUGGGCGAAGAGAGCAGCACUUCCCUCUCAUGUUGUUACCAUGUUGGAUAACUUCCCCACAAACUUACACCCCAUGUCUCAGUUCAGUGCUGCAAUCACAGCUCUGAACAGCGAGAGCAGCUUUGCACGCGCGUACUCUGAGGGUGUCCACAAGUCCAAGUACUGGGAGUUUGUCUAUGAAGAUUCCAUGGACUUGAUUGCCAAGCUGCCCUGUAUUGCUGCCAAGAUCUACCGUAACCUGUACCGCGAAGGUAGCAGUAUCGGAGCCAUCGACUCCAACCUGGACUGGUCCCACAACUUCACCAACAUGCUGGGCUACAGCGAUGCCCAGUUCACUGAGCUAAUGAGACUCUAUCUCACCAUCCACAGUGACCAUGAAGGAGGCAAUGUUAGUGCCCACACCAGCCACUUGGUGGGUAGUGCCCUGUCUGACCCCUACCUGUCCUUCAGCGCUGCCAUGAAUGGUCUGGCUGGUCCCCUGCAUGGCCUGGCCAAUCAGGAGGUGCUGGUGUGGCUGACUGCUUUGCAGAAGGAGUUGGGCGGAGAGGUGUCCGAUGAAAGAAUGAGGGAUUACAUCUGGAACACACUCAAGUCGGGAAGGGUUGUGCCAGGCUAUGGCCAUGCUGUCCUGAGGAAGACUGACCCACGUUACACCUGCCAGCGUGAGUUUGCCCUGAAGCACCUGCCCAAUGACCCCAUGUUUAAGAUGGUGGCCCAGCUUUACAAGAUUGUGCCCGACGUGCUCCUGGAGCAGGGUAAGGCCAAGAACCCCUGGCCCAAUGUGGAUGCCCACAGUGGAGUGCUGCUGCAGUACUAUGGAAUGACUGAGAUGAAUUACUACACUGUGCUGUUCGGUGUGUCCCGAGCCCUUGGGGUGCUGGCUCAGCUGGUGUGGAGCAGAGCCCUGGGCUUUCCGUUGGAGCGCCCCAAGUCCAUGAGCACAGAUGGACUGAUGAAACUGGUGGGAGCCAAGUCAGGCUGAAGAACCACCUGAAAGGAGCUGGGGGUUAGUGUAAGGGGUGGGAGGAUGUGGAAAUAUCAAAAGGCAGAAUUACGUUGACCUGCUGUUAUUUCCAACCCCAGGGAUUCAAAGAGACAGUACACUUUUAAUGUCAUUUCACAUCAUAAGGGCCUUUCAAAUUGUCACACCCAUUAAUGUUUAAGUGUGUUUAGUUAUCCAUUGGCAUGUUUUCCCAUCAUACAUCAUGAGAGGUGAAAACCUCAGAUACACAUACAUGUAACCCCUAGUAGGCCCACACUAUCUACCAUUACAAGUCUGUUAAGAUAUCCCCCUGUGCAGUACCUGGAUGUUUGUCAUUGUGCACUGGGUCUGGAUUGUGAAUAGGCAGUGGCAUUCAAAGGGAACUAUGGGAGUGACUGAUUACACUUCCUUUGAAUUUGUUGAAAGAUCAAAAGUUAAAUACCUGACUCAACGUUUGCUGCUUUUAGCUAAUGCAGUGAUUUGUUUAGAGAUGACGUCCCAAUGAAGACUCAACUUAGUUUCUUCUAUGCAAUGUUCACAGAUGUCAUCCCAACCAGUCUAUCCAUGUGUUUCACUCCCAUUUAUGAACACUCCAGUUUAGGAAAAAAAAAGGUCCUUAUAUGUACAAUCAUCAAGCCGUUCAAGGCACAAAUUGAAAAACAUGAAAAUUAGUUAAAAGAUACUGCUCCUUUAAAUCUUUGGUCUCCCUUUUUCGUCAGCUUAGUGUUUUUUUUCCUUUUCGUUUUAAUAAUGACCUGUAAUUCCCUCUAUGAUCAAAAUAACUACCUUGUCGGUGUAGAAAUUAUUUCCCUCUGCUCUUUUUCGUUGACAUGCUUUCCUAUUUUUAAAGGGCGUCUCUGUUUAAAGGGUCAUAUGAAUGGUAGAGAAUCAGGAAUAAUGUACAGAACAGUAAAAAAUAAAGAUUUCAGCAAAGGGUGUUGUAAUUGACAGCCUGUAGUAAAUCCUUAAGAGCAAGCUUGAAUGCAAAGUGGGAUAAGGGGGCUUUGUAUUUGUUAAAGGUCCUGUGUUAUUUGAGUGUAUGUUUGUUACUUCAUCCCCACAGAAGAGCGCUUUAAACAUUAACUACUCCAAAAUGAGCACUUGCUUGAUUGGAUUUCCUAAUUUGUAGCAGUAGAACCCCUCCCUCCCAGGUUGAUUAUAUCCCUUUUCAUUUUUUUUGGUGUUGAAUAUGUAUAGAACGAUAAUCUUUGGGUUCUCAUUUUGUGGUUUUAUUUAUACUUUGUGUACAUAGGUAUAUAUAUGUAUAGCUUGAAUGUAUAAGCUGUGUGCGAUCACUUGCUUGUAAUAACCACAAUGAUUACCAUAGUUUACCAACAUUGUAGUGGUGUCCAGUCUAACUGUAAUUUUCAGUCUUACUGGUCACUGUGAAAUUCUGACAACGAACAAAAAGAAAAAAACGCAGCUAUCUUGUAUAUACACGAUUUCUUGCCUAGCUCAGUGGGCUUAGUCGGUGCUGUUUUUCAGGUGUUUCACUUGAAUAUUUCAAGCUUGCUCUUAAGUUCUGGGUUUGUCAACACUCCAUUUUUGUGUAGUUAAAGCUCCUGCAUCAUCAUUUCAAAACUGCUCUUGCCGUGUUAGUAGUUCACUCAGAUGUUUGAACCUCUGCUCUGCUACCAGCUGCUAUCUUCCGUCUUGCUUUAUCAGUCUUUACAGUUUGUGUUUUAUUGUAGUGUUCUUUCAUGUGGUGCAUUGUUCGAGAGACGGGGUUAUUUUGAUCGUAGAGGAGCAUAAAGGGUCGGUACAUGGCAACAGGGAGUAGAUGGUUUCAUCAGAGAAACACUUGGGGAAGGAGCUGGAUGGGUCAAACGGGCAAGAAAUGCUUAAAGAGCCAAUAUUGGAAAACCUAACAAAAAAUGGAAAAUAAUAAAGGUUUUUAUUAACACUU